AUAAUAUUCUCAAAUCGUGGGAUAUUUUUCUGCUCGGUCCACUUACCUUUUCACGCAGUGGCUCUUUUAGUUGAAGUGAUUUUAGCUUGUUCAGUUUUUAGAGAUUCUUUAAAGGUACGUUUAAGAUUAAGAUUAUUCAGUUAUGGCCAUAAGAUGGACUCAAGAAGUUGAAGGUGGCCCUAGGCGAGUAAAUCAUGCUGCAGUGAGCGUUCGAAAUCGCUUCAUCUUUAGUUUUGGUGGUUACUGCACUGGAGAAGAAUAUAACCAAAUAGUCAACAUUGAUGUCCACGUUUUCGAUACAGUUCCAUGCCGCUGGAUGAAGCUUCCCCCUGUAUCUUGCGCAUGCAACGACUGUGUUCCGUACAUGAGGUAUGGUCACAGUGCGUCAGCCAUUGGUGAUUUGGUAUACAUAUUUGGUGGCAGGAAUGAUACCCAUGGUGCUUGUAAUAUUUUAUACUGUUUUGAUACAGAGAGUUUAACAUGGUCCAAACCUAAAGUUCAAGGAAAACCACCUGCUGCGAGAGAUGGGCAUUCAGCUUGUGUUAUUGAAUCUAGGAUAUAUAUCUUUGGUGGAUAUGAAGAAGAGGGGGAAUGCUUCUCAAAUUCUGUUGAAUAUCUGGACACACAAACAUUAACGUGGCACAAACCCAGAGUAACAGGAAAACCAGCCAAGUGGAGAGACUUCCAUUCUGCGACUGCUGUUGGCACAAACAUGUACAUAUUUGGAGGACGAGGUGAUAGAAUGGGUCAGUAUCAUUCAGGACAGGAAGUUUAUUCCAAUUCAGUUAGAGUGUUUGAUACAGUUAAAAACUGUUGGUUUAAGCUUAAAACAUCAGGAGAUUUGCCUGUUGGACGACGCAGCCACUCAGCAGUCUGUUACGGCAAGCACAUCUAUGUUUUUGGUGGUUACAAUGGACUUGAAAGAAAGCAUCAUGGAGAGGUGUAUAGUUUAGACACAGAUGCCAACGUUUGGAGAAAGUUGGACAUCUCAGGUCAUGGCGCAUGCCCGCGGAGAAGACAUUGCUGUUGUCUUAUAGGAACAAAGCUGAUGAUAUUUGGCGGCACAAGUCCUGUAGCUGGAGCUCCAAUGGACGACGAGUACAACCUUCAAGAUCACUCAGAUUUGUACAUCUUAGAUCUUGAGCCAUCUCUUCGGACAUUGUGUAAACUUGCUGUCAUUCAGUACAAACUGGAUCAGACGCCACUUCCCAAAGUACUAAAAAUGGAACUUAGCAUCAUGGAAGCUGGCAGAAGCUCUGUGAGGUCAUCUCAAGGAUAAACAAAUCAUCCGAGACAGGCUCGUUGAUCGAGAAUCUACCAUGGAAACCUUCUGAGCUCUUGAACAACACCCCCGGGAAUGACACAUGUGCAAGCGCACGGCACACAAGGGAGGUUUUAGUUGUUACUGUCUGUUCUACGUAGUAGGCUAGGUAGACUAUGGGCGAUGCGGUGUCAGCGCUUUAGAAAUGUGCGAACGAAAAGGACAUGAAUAGUUAUUUUUGCAUUAAUGUUGGUAGUUAAUACCUAGGUUACUGAAAAUUUUUAAUGGGAGAUUUAUAGAUUACUUGUGAAUUGUACAGUUGAUCGCCUCGGGGAUGCCUUUCGUAAGUGCUACACACAAACACUGAGGCACGGUUCUAACCACACAGACCUUCAGUUAGUAGGGGAUAUCUCUUAAAGGGAACACUGAAUCAUGACCCUAGUAACAAUACAAUGUCCAUCCUCCAGUAAGAGAACACUGUCCAUGGGGAAUACUGAAUCAUGGCCGCGGUCACAUACAUCCUCUAGUAAGGGAAGACUGAAUCACUGUUCACACUUCCUCUAGUAAGGGAGCAAUUUCCGUAGGAACACUGAAUCAUGCCCCCAGUCACACUCGUAUUCCUACAAGGGAACACAUUCCAUGGGGAACACUGAAUCAUGGCCACGGUCAAACACAUCCUCUAGUAAGGGAACACUUUCCAUGGGGAACACCGUAUCAUGGCCCUGGUCACAUUCGUAUUCCCGUAAGGAAACCUUUUUUAUAGGGAAUUCAGUUACACAUGUUCCCUUAAGAGAACACCUUCGAGAGAGAACCUGGUCACACAUACUCCAGUACAUAUACAGCAGGAAAGGUAAUCUUAUAGCCACAUAAACAUUGCUUUUGUAGCCUCCAGUCGGCGAAGGAGACAUUGUCUUGGUCACAUACCAACAACAUCUCCCAUAACCGACCACAAUCAUUCAUUUCUUAACACUGUAACACAGGGAACUCCUGGUCGCUUGGCGUUUCUCACUAAAUAUCUGUAACCUCGACACACAGUAGUUUUCGUGGUCACUACUGCUGACUUUGUGACUCGUGACUACCACGUGUUGGAUUUAUUAAUAACCUAAGCUAAUGAUGUCAUUAAAUCCAAGAUGGCGGAGUGGGUUAAAUUCUUGUGCGCGCUUUUUUUCAGUCGUAGGCGUUCAGCAAGAUUAAUGAUUCUCAAGUAAUGGUUCCUGACUCAGGGCAUUGAUUGAUGGGUGGAAUUUAUCAGGGGGAAAUAUUUGCAUUUUAGGUUUGGUUUCAUAGCUAGGGAGUAUGAGUGUUAGAAACAAGAUACAAGAAUGGAUUUUUGUCAAUACUCGAUGGAAACAAAUCCAACAUAACUUUUCUUUUACCAGAAUACAAUUUCUACAGGCACGAUAAGCGCAUAAACCAGAUCGUCAAUUUUUAUAUAUUAAGAUAUUUCUAAAUAACGCUGAAUGCUAUGAAGAAAACUGUUAGACAGAUGUACUACAAGGGUCCAAAUUGGAACGCUCAACUCGCACCUCGCAGGAAAAUUUUUAUGUUUAAACGCCAGUGCGUGCCCUAAAUUAUAAAUUGUAAUAUAUCUUAAAAUAAUAACGAGGGAAUUUAGCUGGUGGGUUUAACUGGGCGACUGCUUUUUAUAGAAUGCAAUUUAUAGUUCUUUAAUUUGUUAAUAUUGUAAAUUUUCGAUAGAUAUAAUUUCUUAACUAAGUUAUGAGAGAAUAUUUGUAAACAGGAAUUUGAAAGGAAAAAUGUCUUUGUUUCGCUCAUAAGACUCGAGUGUCGUAUUUCCUUGAAUAAUAACCGCUCGAUAAAUACCCCCU